AUGAAGAAUAAACAGGUGAUGUCUAUGGAAAAACGUCUUCCCUAUAAUUUUGUUGCUGUUUAUUUCGAAAUCACUUGCAAGUUUGAAUAUCUUGGAUUUCGAAUAAGUAGUUCAAUUGGAUGGGAGAACUUCUACACUUGCUCAGGAUCAUUUAUAAGAGAUGAAAGUAUUACUGAAAUUACGGGAAUUGAUGGAGAACAUAUGGGCAGCAGAACUAAUUCAAAUGUUACUGCUAUUCGAUUAACCGAUAACUGGUUGACUGAAGUACCAUCUGGCUUUGACAACUUUUUCUCAAACAUAGAAUUCCUCUAUAUGAUAAACACCCAACUAGUGACUGUCAAUUCGAAUCAAAUACAACAAUUUCCUAAUUUGGAGUAUUUGUGGUUAGAAAACAAUCAAAUCGAGAACAUUGAAGUGUAUGCAUUCUCUCUCACGCCAUUAUUGCGUCAUAUUGAUUUGCAAUAUAAUGAUAUUACUUCAAUUCCAUAUAACACUUUUCAACAUUUGCAUUUGGAAGUUUUGAAAAUGAAGGGAAAUGUUUGCGUUAACGAAUCAGCAGAAACAUCUCAAAAUGUAAACACGUUGAUUGCCAAUGUAGAAAUUUCAUGUUCACCAUUAGGUCCUUUAAUUGAAGAAAUAUCGAGUGAAUUAUUGAACAAUACUUCUGCAAACCUUGAUACAAUUGGUGCAAACCUUGGUAUAAUUGAUAGCUUCAAUGAAUCUGUGGUUUUGGAAGAUACUGUUCGAAAUUUUACAAGUGAAAUAACUGGAAAAUAUUCAAAUGCGAACAAAACACUUGCAAUGUUGGAAGAUUUAUUGGACUCAAUAGCAUCAAUUAAAGACCCACAAAAUAGAAAAAGGAGAAAAAUCGUUGGAUUUCCACAAUUUGAACGAACAACAUUCAAUCAGCAUUUUGAGUCUGUGCUUCAUAAGUGGAACUGGGUGAACCUGUUCAUAAUGAAAAACGUCUUCCCUAUAAUUUUGUUGCUGUUUAUUUCGGUUUUUAUUUUACAUUUUUCCAAAUCUGUAGAAAUCACUUGCAAGUUUGAAUAUCUUGGAUUUCGAAUAAGUAGUUCAAUUGGAUGGGAGAACUUCUACACUUGCUCAGGAUCAUUUAUAAGAGAUGAAAGUAUUACUGAAAUUACGGGAAUUGAUGGAGAACAUAUGGGCAGCAGAACUAAUUCAAAUGUUACUGCUAUUCGAUUAACCGAUAACUGGUUGACUGAAGUACCAUCUGGCUUUGACAACUUUUUCUCAAACAUAGAAUUCCUCUAUAUGAUAAACACCCAACUAGUGACUGUCAAUUCGAAUCAAAUACAACAAUUUCCUAAUUUGGAGUAUUUGUGGUUAGAAAACAAUCAAAUCGAGAACAUUGAAGUGUAUGCAUUCUCUCUCACGCCAUUAUUGCGUCAUAUUGAUUUGCAAUAUAAUGAUAUUACUUCAAUUCCAUAUAACACUUUUCAACAUUUGCAUUUGGAAGUUUUGAAAAUGAAGGGAAAUGUUUGCGUUAACGAAUCAGCAGAAACAUCUCAAAAUGUGAACACGUUGAUUGCCAAUGUAGAAAUUUCAUGUUCACCAUUAGGUCCUUUAAUUGAAGAAAUAUCGAGUGAAUUAUUGAACAAUACUUCUGCAAACCUUGAUACAAUUGGUGCAAACCUUGGUAUAAUUGAUAGCUUCAAUGAAUCUGUGGUAGAGUUGAAAAAUGACAGCGAAAAUCUGAAGAAAAGCUUAACAGAUUUAGAAGAAAUUAUAUCAAAUUUAAAGGUUUUGGAAGAUACUGUUCGAAAUUUUACAAGUGAUGUCUAUGGUAUAAUCCUUAGUUUAUCACUGAUCUGUGUUUUUGUGACUUUGAACAUUUCAAGU